UGUCAAAAUAUAUCGUAAAAGUGUUGCGUACAGGAAACUUAAACUUCAAUUUCCAAUAUGAGCUAUUAAUAGUAUUAUUAAAGAUUGAUUGUUUAAAUUAGUGUUAUUUUAAUUGUGGAUUAAAUAUAUAAAAACCACUUAAUAAUGACCAAAACGUGCUGAUAUAUUAAUCACCGGUUUAUUAAAUAUUUUGUAUAAUAAUAUUUGUAAGUGAAAGUAUUAACAAAAAUAGUCAACAAUAAUGAAAAGCAAGUGGAGUACCUUUUUAAAUUUAGUUUUAAAAUGCAGCAUUGUGCUUCUAACAUAUUUUACACUAACAGCAGCAGAAGUAGAACCGAAAGAAGUCGAAGAAGUCAAACCUACUGUUGCAAAUCCUGGGUCUACUGGACUCCCAGCCAAAUUGGAAAAUGUGGGUUUCCUCCAUGCUUUUGUGGCCAGUAUUAGUGUCAUACUUGUCUCCGAAAUUGGAGACAAAACCUUUUUCAUAGCUGCUAUUAUGGCUAUGAGGCAUCCCCGGCUUACAGUGUUCUUAGGAGCGAUAUCGGCUUUGGUGCUGAUGACUGUUUUAUCAGCGCUAUUUGGAUGGCUCGUAAAUGUGAUACCAAGGGCGUACACAUACUAUAUUAGUACUGCGUUGUUUGCUCUUUUCGGCUUGAAAAUGUUAAAGGAAGGUUGCCAGAUGUCUCCUAAUGAGGGUCAAGAGGAACUGGAAGAAGUCCAGAUGGAGUUGAGGCAGCGAGAUGAAGAGAGGGAUAGAGAACGCAAUCCGGACGUGGAAACUGGCAGUAACAGUAGUAGCGCCAAGAAGAAGUCAGCGUGGUACGAAGUGUUCAGGAUAGUUUUGCAAGCGUUCACCCUAACCUUUUUAGCGGAAUGGGGUGAUAGGUCACAGCUAACGACGAUUAUUUUGGGAGCACGUGAGAAUGUUUAUGGGGUGAUAGUAGGAGGCAUUUUGGGGCACUCCAUAUGCACUGGUGUUGCAGUAUUAGGUGGUAGAAUGAUAGCCCAGAAGAUAUCAGUAAGGACAGUUACUAUUAUUGGUGGAGUAGUAUUCUUAGUCUUUGCAGUUUCGGCUUUAUUCUUCGAUCCAAACGCCGAAUAAGUAAAUUAGUUUUUUUUUUAUGUAAAUUAUCGAUAUUAUUUUGUUAUCGACAUUAUGGAAAAUUAUUUUAGUGUACU